AUGCGCAGCCAUAGCGAAUCCCAACAAAAUGAGUCCGGCGGCAUAUCCAUGUGCGGGGCCAUGCCUCGUGAGUUUGCACUCAGACGACGUCCUUUUGAUAUGCAAAUCCUGGUUAGUAAUCGUUCCGGACCAGGGGAGGUUGUGGCACACCAGGGUACGUGAUUCCUCUGUGCCGUCUACCUGCGCCCUCUCUCGCCCUCAGUCUUGUUGACUCUGUCGUGACACCGGGUCCAGGUGGUGGAGAAAGGGGUUGGGCAGAUACUGCGCAGCUCUGCCGUCAUUAAAAACUAAUUAACACGCAAAUCUCUAUCUUUGGUCUCACCUUGCUGUAGGAAACAUGGUGGACAUAGUCGGUAACGACAGUCUAACUGUCAUUUGCCAAAAACGGUCUGGGUUCUGCAAAUUAAUUUUCUAGAUCACAGGUAUUCGCAGGCGCACAGUCCAUUUGGUAGUGUUUGGGCUGGAUGAUCAGUUUUCUAGCACAGUCUCUGAGGGGAUCGUUCUUCCCCAAGGUGCCUCUAGGUUGGUCGUUGCCAGACGAAGGACGUUAUGUUAAAAAGCUGUCUAACGUACUUGGUUAUCUUCUGCCGAUCUAAUCUGAGUCAUAUAGCUUGCAUCGUCCUAGGACCAUUUCAUGACAGGCUCUGUCAAAUCUAACACGAACGCAUUGUAUCCACUAAGUUCGUCACAUCUGUUGUUUAGGUGGGUCUACCUCAGCACGAUUGCCGUUACUAUGAGAAGUUGCAACAGUGGAACCUCAUUUAGCCUCAUGCCGUGUCAAUCUCCAAUGAGUGUUUUCUCCCACCACUCUGGUUCAUGCGUACAUGGAUUUUUUGAUCAGCAAAACAAUUGCUCGAGAAAGGAUGCCAGCAGUUUGGCCUUCUACUGUAAGCCAACGAUUCCGCAUUACUGCUUCCUGAAGAAAGCUAACCUGUCAAAAAUUCCAUUUUAAUAGAUUCAACAAAGUUGUCGAUAUGAGUGCAUUUUGGCACUUUCGUAAAGCACGCACUUUGUACACCAACCUUGGCACACAAACUAUGACACCAAACGUUGAACAUAUUGCACAGUUGCAAAGGCCUUUGUCCUCAAGAUGAAUAACACACACAUUUAUAACGUCUCACAAAAUUUGUGACCUCCCGCAACGUGGCAGUCUUCUCAAAAAAGUAAUCUUCAUAAGGGCAAAACAUUUGAUGCAAUAGUCGCGGUGGACACACACGAACUAGUAAACAAUUCAUCGAGACGAUGGGCUUCAAUUAUCAGACCACUGGGUUAAACACCAAUAGUCGGAUUCCAAACCCUAGAAUAUGCACCAAAUUAUUCACAGUCCCACUGACCAUGAGUACACUGAACUUGCGCUGGAAGCAAUACCUAAAUCGUUGCUGAGUUAUGCACUAACUGGUUACCCAAGACUGAUUCAGUGCCGCAAAAUUGUAUGGCAACAGUUUGCAAUCCUAUAAGAGGUCACCUAACUAGAGGGUUUUAAUGUGAAAUCUCAAAGCUAUUGUGAGGACGUUGCCAUAAGACCUGGCCGACUAUAUAUCAAGCACAGCGUGAAGGAAUCAGACAGAACUCGGCAGUCGUCACGCAGGUUUUAUUAUGCCGAAUUAUAGGCGGGAAGGACGAUAAUUCGGCCCUUGUACAUUCACGUGUUGUUGUUUUAAACCUGUUUUUGAUGUCCGUGUUAUGCCCCUCACCCACAGAUCGGAUUCACACUCCACUAACCCUAAACUCUCUUGUGACAUUUCCAACAGUCCUGCGCGUAUCUGGCUGCCUGCCCUAUUGCAUCUCCUCAAAUAGCCAUGUGUAAACUCUACACAGCCCAUUUUCCAUGGACCCAGAAGGCUAAAAGGCGCGUAUCACUCAUACUCGACACGGCUGUGACCACAUAUAAUGUAGUUAACCUUUAUCGUGCUGCGGGUCGAGCUAUUCCAUCCAUGACGGUCUGUGGCAAUAGAUCAGGAGAGUUCUACCUCUUUUUUGGCGACGUGUGCCGAACACCGAAGGUCUGAUAGACACCUAUGCGUCGAAAUUGACCGUAUUGAAUUGGCUUCCUCUCCAGCGUCUCCAUAUGGGAAGCGGCGCCUGAUCGAGGGCAACAGCACUGAGACGACGGAUAAUGUGUGAUGCUUUGCUUUAGUAGAACUUAGCGAGAAAAUGGUCGUCUGGUCUCCAGAACACCAGCGGCAUGCGAAGACGUCAAUUAAGGAGUUGUUGACGCAGUGAUUCAACUGUUACCUAUGGUAUUCUUAGUAUCUAGCAGCACACUGCUUAGGAGUUAUCUGUCAACUGUUGCGGUUUAUAUCCCAGCCGGAUUAGUUGGCAAUGUCCUCACGUUACGUGGAUCUAUUUAGACGCCGAUGAACUAUAAGGCAAAUGUGCAGAAUACUGGCCUUCAGGCGAUAGUUACUAUAGAUAGCAAUGCUUGCAUGACAUUCAUGUGACGUCUAGUGAUUCAAUAUCUUAAAGCUAGAAAAGAUGAUAUGACGAAUAAACGCUACUUACCUAACUUUUAUGCUCUGACGGCAGGCCCUUUUGCGAGUGACCGGCAAAUGGCUUCAUGUUUUUUUCGAUUUUCGAGUUGCAAAUAUGCACCCAGCACUGCCAGUCAGGUGCACUGUCUCCGGAUUUGUCGCGCCAUGUUAUUAAACGUCUCAUCGACAUUGCUCAACUGCUAGGCCUAUCUCUAAUAGAGGAGACAACCUGAACUUGAGCAAGUCUGUUCUUAUUACCUAUCGAAACCAUGGGAUGGGGACGCUUUGCGCGCUUUGUGUGCAAUCGAGGACAUCAGUGGAACUUGGAAAGUUUAUCACUUAGCCUUUGUCCAAGCACUUUUUCAUCUGGUAUUAAGUGCACCCUCUCCGGAGUUAUUAAGACUACUUGGAGCACCCCAAACAUUCGGUUUACGCGUGCAAUUCUCCGAUAACUGGACAACUUUCCACGAUUUGGCCUAACUCUGCACCCAUUCAUCGCCUCCGCCGUUUUCACGUCCGUCCUUCCUAAGCCAUCCACCGUCGGUACCACAAUUGACGUAGCCGUGACUGCCGCUAGUUUUCGCAUCAUUAGACCGCAUUGUGCCCUCCCACACACUUUACAGGCGCGACCUUCCACUCUUUAAACCGGCGUCGCUCCUUCACAAUCACAAUCGCCCGAAACCCAAAUCUACUGCAUCUUCUUCGACCUCUCACAGGGAGUUGUCGAGCCCACAUUGCUCUGGUCACACUGGUGAAGAAUGGCUGCAAGCUAAGACUGUUAGGACUAAUGUCGGUUGAAUGAGACCUUUCUUAUUCAUCAGAGGGAUGACUACAUUGGUCUGCUAGCAGAAACCACUUGUUUCACCGGCACUGGUCUGGAAAGCUGAGGGUUGCUACAAACCCGUCUCAAAGUAACUUAUUUUCCCACCCGCCUUUACCACUUCGAUCCCUUUCUCUAAAGUGUUUGAGAUUUUGGACGGUCACACCAGACCUCAGAUUCCUUGAGAUGACCCAUUUGAUUCUUUGCAGAUUGUAUCAUCUCGACUGCAUUUACUGCAAGUCGUGGCCUAGCGUUCAUAAGAGGACAGCCAUUCACGCUGCAAAAUUUCAUAUCACGUGCGAGUCUAGCACAAAACUGGCCCAACAUACUUGGGACAGUGUAGUCGACUUACGUUUCAGUCUGACCGUUGUUUGAGCGUCCUGUGAUGAUAGAAACAGACAUUUGCAACGAGCGACCUAUUCGGCGUACGGAAUUUAGCGGGUCUUUCACUACUCAUAUUAAUGAUGGCCAAAAGGCUCCCACGUAGUUGCAGCACAUUUCCACAUGGUGGUAUUUCAAACCUCGGUAACGGUAAGGUCACAUAUUGAAGUGCGUCUGAUUCCUUUCUGGGGUUUGUCGCAUAAAAACUCCCCCAGCAUAUAAUCAGCAUCAACGGUUGAAGCGCACGCCGUCACAAUUGUGUCGCUGACAGCAACACGACAUAGACGCGUCGUUACACUCCCAGUGUAUAAGUGAAGACCCCAGCACCAUGUUGACUAGCGUUCUCGGUGACGAUUAAUCAUACAGUUUUCUUCGGACGUAAAAGCGCGUCUCAGGGCCUGAUACUUUAGUAUCUGACUAGCACACCCUGGAGCAUCAGGCAGUGCCAGCGUUGUACCGUGUGGACACACAUGGCUAGGCUCUGUAUUGUGGUUCAAGAAUAUUUCCCACUUUCCCGUGUGCAGAACUCAGUUCUUAAUUGUUAACCGACCGUAUAACCGACUGGCGGAUGCAAGAGGCUGAUUCCGAUGUCACUGUCCACUCCUCAAACGCCAGAUCACGAGUUGUCGGAAGCCGAAAUCACUUCCGACUCUGGGAAGGUCUAUCGGGAACAAGCUUUGUUACGGGCUUAACCCCACGUAAACGCGCGCUUUUCCGCCUGGCAGACUGCUUAAUAGUUCACACGGAAACGUACCAUCAUGCAGUAAAGUGACAACGGAACUUUAGGGCGCUUGAUUGCGCGAUCUCAAGUAGCCUGACUUCAGUAUCUAGUAGCGUCUUGCGAGCCGACUGUUCACUGACCAUUACGAGUCCCGUUCCCACCUUCGCCAUUUAUUCGCUUGCAUAAACUUCCACGUUCUUGGAUAUCUCAGGGUUCCAGGCUGCCAUAUUCGACUGGUGACCAAACAGUGCAAGUUCACAUCAUUUGUCUGAGGCCCGAUUCUUGCAGGGCUCCCCAAAUUACUUUCGCACAGAACUACCUUCUACACCAUCCACACUGAGGGCAUCGCGCAGUCUUCCUUUUUUCGUCUGGUUAAAUCCUAGCCGCCCAGUCCGGGGUUGACUAGCUGACGAUCGUCAAGUAAACUCAAGUAGACAUUUCAUUAUCUCCCGUUUUUAUGCUUAACCCUUCUCAAUUGUAAUUAACCUCCGAUUUUGUCGUCGGUGCCAUUGUUGUUUAAAGGAAAGGUGAUUUCUUUGCACGCGUUUGGUGUUUGACGAUGUCGUUCUUCCCCCCUGUUGCUCUAAGUGGAUCCUCAGAGAUCGCUGUAAAUUAUGGUUUUUUGAACUCCCAGAUCAUGUCUGCCAGCAAGAGGAAGUCAGCAGCCGAAGACGAUGCCUCAGAUUCUUCCUUAUCUAGUCUGGAGGUGAGACUUACCCCAUUAACAACUUCCUCCACAGGAUGAACCACCACCAAGCAAGCAGGUCAAGUCUGAGACUUCAAAGAAACUACCAGAUGUUAGGAGAGAAACCUCUGCCAGUGGGGACAAGCUAAUCGACCUGACCGGAAAGAAAUACGUCACUGUGCGCAAUUUUAAAGGCCGCAUUUUCGUUGAUAUCCGAGAAUACUAUGAGGACAAAAGUGAUGGCGGGCUGAAACCUGGGAAAAAGGGUUCGUUGCAUACUUUCACUCUGCCUAUCAUUCUUCCUUCCAGCCUGCUCUAGUCGAAUUGGAAGUUUUAUUGAGAUUUCUUGCGUCUGAUGUGAAUGGACUUCUGUGUGACGUUCCGAAAACGGGUCACACAGUAGAUGCGCUAAACCAACGGGGGGGGGCUAAGUCGGAACGUUAUUAGAAUGCGUACCCAUAACAAAUGGCAACGCGCCCAGGUGCAGACCUUCGGCGAGCCGGUUGGUGUCCGAGUGGUCCUCCUUUUUGUUGUGUAGAAUUCUGGUCAUUGUACAUGAUGGACAAUGGGGUGCGAUGGUACGCCUAGGUGCGGGUUUCUCGCCGCGGCAGCCAUCUGCGCCCUCUCCUGACUCUGCACACGAGGUCCAUGUGGGGGAGGAGGAGAGGAAUCGGAAGUAAACGGACUUCCGGAUCGCUCACUACUCAAGGACCUCUACCAACUUAACGGACUCCGUAUAAGGGAGCGCAAUCCUGAAUCUGAACCAUCUAGACUGCGACGUAGGGGAUGGACAGUUUUGAUAGUUAAUUCUGAACUAGCAUAGCUCUGCUGAAUCAAGACUUUAUUAACUGAAGUAUGCACCCUAGAAAUCGACGAAUCAGCGCCUUUUUGCAAUGAGACAGAAGCCUCUUCAUGCGCUUCGAAGGAGUUCUAGAAUUAUGCAAUCGAGGAAUUCCUCAAAGACUUUGCUGAUUCUAGUUUUAUUACAAAGGGUUCUUUUCUCGAACAAAGACGUUCGGGCGUUUUAAAAAUUGUCAGUCACUAUUCGAUGGGUCUGAUGAUCAUGGCAUGUGGAUAGUGCCUCACAGUCCAGCAAAUUCACCUUCUGGAUGGUGUCACAUGAAACGUGUAGCUAGGAAUUGUCUUGCUGUUGUACUGACAGCUUCUAGUGCAUUUCGUCGAUUGCGCGGCGUGGUUGCUUUGCCCUCCGCCUGGCAGAAAACAGCUAGACGGUGAUCAUGACCGCCCGGUUUCGGUGGCGUUUUGGGUUUCAUUCGUACGAAGCCAUUAUCCCGCCUGGAGACGAUUUUCAAAAGGACAUAGUUAAAAUACAGAAGGGAGAAUAGCCCUCCUGUUUGGUACAGCUUAAUAUCUUCCGGAUACUUUUUCCUAGACUAGUAUCCAUCUCCUGUACCACUGACAGGGUUCCCUACGUAGUCUUCGAAGAGGGAAAGUUAAAUACCGUCUCCCGACAUCACCCGUUUCGCGCUGAUAAUACCGCUGCUGCUAACGUUUCUAUCGCCGACUAUAUCCGUCAGAAGUUUGCAGGACGGAUGCCCCGGUGUUUUGGUUAUUUGCCUAGGCAGUCUCGGCGCCGAGUAUGGAGAGAGGAGGUCGUUGCGCUUGUUGAUUGAUUGAGGAUAGGAAAACCAUGACGCAGGUUAAUAAACCUCUUGUUCCAGCGACUUUGUCUCCUUCUUCGCGACUUCUUCCUGGAACUCGCUUCUUCGCUUCUAUUAGGAAGUAAGGAACUCCAGGAAACAGAGUUAAAACAUACUAAGAACCAAACAGUUUCCCCACAAGACCAUAGCAGUAUGGAGCUUCCAGAUGACAGAUGACUAAAAAGAUUAGUGGAAUCGCGACUCGCAUUUGAUGCCGCACAUUAUAGAAACAGGAAGGUAAGAUGUGGUUAUAUAGUCCCACCUGAUGGACACAAUACUAUUGAUCUACUUAAUUACCCUGAGUUGAUGUGAUUACGUUGGCAUGGUGUUGCGGUGUAUGUUCUGCUGGCGGCCUUAUUUCUUUGUUGUUUUGUCUACCUUUCUUGGCCCAAUGCCGGUGGUCCUUCUUGAAUUUCGGCCUGUCGUCUCCUUCCAACUUUCGCGUUGGAUGUUUUAGGGUUAGAGUUUAGGGCUGUGGUUAUGGGUUAGGGCAACUAUUUCUCAACCACCUAAAAAUACAUCCGCGCAUUCCCAGUAGCUUCACUUUUGCGUACAAUUACUUGACCUCGUCGCCUGUGCGUUCCCCUGUCCCACCUGUAAAAACCCCCUAUUACCACCGGUCUCGUAUUACAGGUGGCUGGGAUUUGUUUACCUCAGCUGCGGCUACAUAACCACAUCUGACCCACGGGUCGACUAGGAAUACCCAGUCGUAAGCCACGGUAGUCCCCAAACCAAAACGGAUACUUCGGCCAAGUCAUUUGUUCAAUGGUUGGUUCUUUGAGUGUAAAUUGUCAUUGAAGGGCCGCGCUCUUCUCCAGCCAAUAGUGUGUGAUAAGCGCUCGGGGUUCCUAUCUACGUGCCUACCAAGGGUAUACUAGUUUCCGCUCGCCGAUGAUGAUUCGUGAGAGCACUGAUGACCUCCUAGUCAUUAUCACUCCAUAGUAGUCCGUCUUUCAUUGUAUGUUGAACCCUUAUCACUCCCAGUCGUCAAGUUGCUGCGUUAAAGGUGCCAACUCUAUUCCGGGUUGUGUAGGCCUAUAUUGCCAUAUUCAAAAAGCACUGACGUCAAAGCCAAAGAUGGCCUCGGUGACUAUUUCUGGCAUACUUGCAUUCGUCAGCCGGGCAGAUCCAGCUGGUCAUUGAACCUAGCACACCCCAACAGAUGAGCCACGCGCUCACACUGUUAACCGCGAUCUGGAGUACUCAGGGUCGCCUAGCUGUGGCAUUCACUGUUCCGGCCUGAUUGUAGGAUGAAAUAUGGACUUUCCGUUAUACCCCGAGGCUCCACUCUAGAGCCGUGUGGACAUGUUAUGCGGCCACUUACGGUGACUUUGGACUGGGGGACUCGCGGGCAAAACGGGACGUCCAUUUUUCAUUUUGCGACCAGGCCAGAUCGGUCAGCGUUGUUCAUUUUUAAAUGUUAGCCCCUACUCUGAUAGAACCAUGAGCGCGAUCCUCUAGACCAGCCUUCAUUUCUCUCUUUCACUUUCCCUUUCAGGCAUUUCAUUGAACGUGGAGCAGUGGGACAAACUGAGAGAAGUCAUGGACGUCUUGAACGCGGAUAUCAAAAAAAUGUAG